GGUGUGACAUGACUCCUAGUAAAACCAGGAGUGGAUCAAACUGCUGUGCACCGGGAGUCUUCUUUCCAUCCCUGUGGUUAGAUUGAUAAAACAAGCCUCUGCUACAGUACAGUACUAGGGUCGUACGACCUCUCUUGCAAUGCCUGCGAGUCUCUGGUCCUAGGGAGGGUGCUGUUGUAACCUUCUAAGUGGCAGCAUUAUUUAGAUCUUAAAAACGAGGGGUGUUUCUCUAUAUUCCCUGUAGAAGCCUUUUUUAUGCUUGUGUCUAAGGUGUUGAGAUAAUCACUGAUUUUUUUUAAAAUAAGAUCUGUAUGAAGAGAUCUUGUCUAUCACCUUGUGUUUUAGUUUAGUUUUAUUAUUUUUAAUCUGAUUUCUGUCGGGAGAGUGCGUUGUGUUUAUACUUGGAACUCUAGCUACCUGACCCUGUUUUUCUGGGGUGGGGGUGGUAAAAAUGUACUUCAUCGCUAUGAAAGGCAGCGAUUUCUCCUCUCAAAGGGGGUGUCUAGUGCAGCUGGGUUGAGGCAGGGCAAGGGCGCAGAAGACCUUGCUCAACUCAUCUGGGCUGCUGCUGUUGGCAUGCCAGCAAAGCUAACCUGAUCCUGCGAUGGGAUAGCAUGUCUGUGAGCACGGGAGCCUUAUUAAUUACCGUCGCGUCUCUGCCGUGCAGAAGUCCAGUACAGUCGCAGGGAGAUUUUAGUGAGCGUUUUUAGUUACAUUUCUGUUACUGAUGACACUAUUAAAAAGAAGUGCCAAAACCUGCUAAACUAGCAGUGGGGUUUGAUAAAAUGUGGAAAGCGCUGCGUGGAUCGAGGGCACAGCUGCCGCCCCUUGCGUGGCGUACCCGAGAGCAGGGUGCAUGGGUUCGAGGUGUUGGUACUGCCCCCCUGUGGUGUAAUGAGGUAGUGCACUAGAAGGCAUUACAAUAACUGUUCAUUCAAACAGCGCUUCGGAGCUGAGAUGGAAGCCCUGUUGCCCGUUCAAAAUCACCUUUUGAAAAGCAGUGUCACUGUUUAGAAAAGAAACGUUGUGCUUGUUUUGUGUUUGAAUGAUUUGUAUGUGAAUAGGAAUUUCUGAUCCCACCCGCGUGCACGGGUCGGGUUGGCAUUCCCACUGUGCCUUAUUAAAGUCAGCUCAAGGAGAGUGUGCUGAAAUGCAUUGUGUGUGUGUGUCUGUCUGCCGAGGCAGUGAGUUUCAUUAUCUAACGCUUGUAACUGUAGUAGUGUAUUCAAUUGAUCUAAAUGCUGGUGUGAUUGUAAAAUUAAAUGCAUGCUAGUUUCUUCCCUGGCUUAUUUCUGCUUGGAACAAUGUGUCAAAACUUUCAUGAACAAGAUGUAUGUGUUUUUUUUAUUGGUGGUUGGUAUUCAAAUCUGCCACUAUUUUUAAAUCAAUUGAACAGAACUCAGUAAGUCAUUGAAUCUAAAUAAAAUCACAGAAGCUGACUGUGUGUGUUUUCUGUGUUUUAAAUUAAAUGAAAUUUAAGUCUAAAAUGUGUUCUUUUGGAUUUCCGACAACCUGUAGCACCCAGUGCCUGCAUCUUGUACGCAGGGAAUUCAUUGUUUUAAAUUAAACAAAAUGUGGAGAAAGAAAUCCUGGAUUGGUCUGCUGCUGUCUCUUCUUUUUCUCUUGUUUUUUAAGGUUUGUUAGGAGCAGGUCACUAGCUGUGGUUCUUGUGCCCAGGGGUGUUUGUGUAGGAUCGGGGCAGUAACCUUUUGGAAUUACCGGUACUGUCUCUGCUUGUAAAGGCACGGCCGUGUGGUGUGCAGGGUGAGUCGUACAGUCGGGAGCGCAGGCUCUCGUCCGGGCUGUGUGAAGUCGCUGGGGAGUCUGGAGGGAGGCAAAACGGGCAGGGACUGCUCCUCCUCUGCUGAGCUCGGAGCGGACGCUGGCAGGGCUUGUCCUCCAGAGGUAGGUAGCUUCGCUGACAUCCUCUCCGGAGUAUAGAAGAGGAUCCGAGGACGCCCACUGACCCUUCGGUUCUCCUGAGCUGUGUGGGGAAUUGCAGCGGUGAGGGGAAAAAUAAUAAUUGGACUUUCUAAACUGGGGGUAAAAUAAUUGGGCACAAUUUGGGCACAAAAUGUGUUCUAAAGGUUCAAAUAAACAUCACUAAUGAUAACCGGCCAUGUCAAUAAAACACAUUCCUAAUGGAUGAAACGGACUGUUCCAUUGCAAUUACACUGUAAUAAACUUUCUGUCUUAUUGGUAAUUCACAAAACCAUAUUUGCUAACCCUUUAGUUUAAGGACCGGUGGUGCCAAUGUGCUUAAAACAAUAUUAGACAUUUUCAGCUGCUGUAUGACAUAAAGCUAUAGUUGAGAUGCGACCAAGACGAAACCAAAAAAAAAAAAAAAAAAAACGACCCGCCCACACACUCUCCCCACUAGAAGCCUCUGACAAACUGAGCAUUUAAUAUAACAAUCGACCAGUGUCUGUGGAUUUGCAUGAACGAUGUCACCUUCGCUUCCCCUGCAGAUAAAACAGGUUUCCGUUUCUAGCGAAGGGGCUAUCUUAAUUCGGCUGCUCCCUUGCUGUCUUUAUUUAAGCAGCACUGCAGUUGCUGUUCUGGGGUCAGGCUUCUGGUUGUAGUUGGGUGCUGUGGACUGAAGAGGCUUGAAGAUGUCCAGAACUCUGCUUUGCCUUCUCCUUCUGCUUGGAGGUGCAACAGGCGGCGAGUCCCACUGUCAGGAUUUCAGAAGAAGAGCGCCGGAUUCUCUCUGGAUGAGCGUUUUGGGGUUCAGUGCUGGACAGGGCCCCUGUGGGGUCCCUCUUAAUGUAUCAGGGUCCUUGUCUGGGUACCCCUGGAACCCGCGGCUGCCUGUCGUUGUGAUUCUCCACGGCCGCCGCCCCCCUCAAGUCAGACCCCGCUGGGUGGGGGUCAUGGCCCAUGAGCUGCUCUCCGCACACCAGCUCAAUAUCCUGGCCAUCGACUGGCUAGCUCCUGGCAACCAGAACCUGCGCACAGCAGCCACGCAGGCAGGCAAGCUGCUGGCAGGGCUGCUGCGCUCCCUACUGGCUAAAGGCUUCAAUGCUACAUCUCUGCAUCUGAUUGGCUUUGGCACAGGGGCUCACAUCGCAGGAUUCGCAGGGUCCCGUCUUCGAGGCUCUAUCGGCAGAAUUACAGGUUUGGAUCCCUUCGGCCCGUCUUUCCUCCACGCAGGUCCCAGGACACGGCUGGACUACACUGACGCUCAGUUUGUGGACGUGGUCCACACCAAUUACAGAGCCAGUGAACCCAUAGCAGCUCUGGGGCUGCGUCAGCCCAUGGGGCACGUGGACUUCUACGUGGGGAAAGGCUAUCGGCUGCCUGGCUGCCCUAAGUCGCUGCUUGGCAGGGAGCGUUAUGUACUGUGCAACCACCAGAAAGCCUACCAGCUCUUCACCAGCUCCAUCCGCGCCAGCUGUCCUCUGACUGCGUUCCCCUGCCGCUCGCUGCGCUCCUUCACUAGGGGGCGCUGCACAUGGUGCCAUCGACCAGGGCUGAGGAGCUGCCCAGAGCUGGGAUAUAACACCACCUGGCUGACAGCGGACAGGCCAGUCCCAUUCAAGAAGCUCACCGCCUUUCUGGACAUCACCAGCACCCCUCCGCACUGUGUCACAUACUUCCUGCUGGAGCUGCAGAUCGGGGGCGCUCGUCCGCUCCGGUGCUGGCUGUUUGUCAAGCUGAAGGGGAGAGGAGUGGAGACCUCGGCCCUGCGUCUCUCCCAGUCUGCAGUGACUCUUGCCCCCGGGAAGGUGUACCAGUUCCUGGUGCCGUCGGACAGGGACGGAGAGUUCAGCGAGCUCCUGCUGGAGCUCUACACGAGACGCUUCCUGCAUCUGGAGUGGAGGAGGAGGAGGGUGCACAUUGACGAGCUCGUUCUCACACGACUGCCCAGAGACAACGGGACUGUCUACUUUGCAAACGACAUAGAAGCUGCGGAGGGGCGCACAGAACACAUCCCCCUAAAGAAGGAAAAUAAGUUAUUGACGACACUGUAGAGCUCGGCAGGAGCAGGAAUGAGCGGAGGACGAAGAUGAAGACGAAUCCAGAGUAAAACAACAGAUUUCAAACCAUUUCCAACUUUUCCCUUCGUAUAUGAAUGCAGGGCAGAUGCUUUACACUCGCUGUCCGUCACCUGAUUGCAAUAAACUGCUGCACAAGCACAGUUCUUCCAUGUUGUGUCUUGCUCUUGUUUGUAAUACAAUGCAGUGCCUGCAAGGACACUGUCCGUCCUGCCUUAGCGGUUUAUUUUCACAAAGAGCAUUGAUAACAAAGGGAUUCAAUGUUUUUCUUGGCAUUGGAAUAUGAUCACCGCACCCCACUCUGUUGUGCUCUUUGUCCUGCAUUAAU